AUGAAUGCAAGAGAUGUCAAAAGGUUGCUAAGGAUCCACGACCAAGAGCUUUCUACUGGUGGGCAAAGAAAUCUUGAGUUCAUGAUUGCAGACAGCAACAUGGGGAGGAUUACAAUGUAUAUCUGGGAAUCAAUGCUAUAUGACAUGCAACGCUGUGCAAACACGUGGUUCGGCGGCGAGAACCUGGCUGGCUUCCCCAUCUCUCUCCCUCCCUCUCCCUCUCUCUCGCCUUUCCCAAGCGGGCAGGUUGGCGCGGCUGCUGGGCUGCGGGCGCCCGUGGCGUUGGCAUCCAGCGCCUCCCCACAGGUGCGAAGCAGUCCCCGGGAGACUCCCGCUCUCCCCGCUUCCCCCGAGGGAACUAACGUUGGAGCGGGGCCAACUGGAGUGCCGAUCUGGGAUGGCGGCGGCCUCUUGGCCGAGCCAAAGAGCCUGCAGGACGCGAGAGGAGGGGAUCCGCUCCAAAUAAUGUUCCAGCCUGUGUUGAAUCCCCAAUGCACAGAAGUAAAGGAUUGUUCCUCUCCUGUCCUCAGUGCUAAUCCUGAGAAAGGCCUUAAAGUAAAGGUAUCAAGUGUUCGCUAUCUGAAGCUCCUGGAAAGGAACCGGACUUCUUGAAUUGAAGGCCUCAGUUCUUCACUACUGAUUUAUGGCCGAGUAUUUCCUACCACUAUCCUGGUUGAGUUUUGAAUGUUUCCCUCAGCUUUGGUUCACAUAUGCAUUGCGGAGACCUACAGCUGCUUCUCCGACAGAAAAAAACUUGGAAGUUGGCAAGAGAUUACAGGCAGUCCUCUUUUUACAACCAUCCCUUUAGUGACUGUUCAAAUAUACAAUGGCACUGCAAAA